UCUCUCUUUCUGUUAAGUAGGAUGAGUUCUGAACGUCGAAAAGAAAAGUCUAGAGAUGCAGCGAGAUCUCGGAGAAGCAAAGAGUCGGAAGUUUUUUAUGAGCUUGCUCAUCAGCUGCCUCUUCCCCACAAUGUGAGCUCACAUCUUGAUAAAGCUUCUGUUAUGAGGCUCACCAUCAGUUACUUACGUGUGAGGAAACUUCUGGAUGCUGGUGAUCUGGACACUGAAGAUGAAAUGAAAGCACAGAUGAACUGCUUUUACUUGAAAGCCCUGGAUGGCUUUGUUAUGGUGCUAACAGACGAUGGUGACAUGAUUUACAUUUCUGAUAACGUGAACAAAUACAUGGGGUUAACUCAGUUUGAACUAACUGGACACAGUGUGUUUGACUUUACUCAUCCAUGUGACCAUGAAGAAAUGAGAGAAAUGCUUACACACAGAAAUGGCCCAGUGAAAAAAGGUAAAGAGCAAAACACACAGCGAAGCUUUUUUCUCAGAAUGAAAUGUACCCUAACUAGCCGGGGGAGAACAAUGAACAUAAAGUCUGCAACAUGGAAGGUGCUUCACUGCACAGGCCAUAUUCAUGUAUAUGAUACCAACAGUAACCAACCUCAGUGUGGGUACAAGAAACCGCCCAUGACAUGCUUGGUGCUGAUUUGUGAACCCAUUCCUCAUCCAUCAAAUAUUGAAAUUCCUUUAGAUAGCAAGACUUUUCUCAGUCGACACAGCCUGGAUAUGAAAUUUUCUUACUGUGAUGAAAGAAUUACUGAGUUGAUGGGUUAUGAGCCAGAAGAACUUUUGGGACGCUCAAUUUAUGAAUAUUAUCAUGCUUUGGACUCUGAUCAUCUGACCAAAACUCAUCAUGACAUGUUUACUAAAGGACAAGUCACCACAGGACAGUACAGGAUGCUUGCCAAAAGAGGUGGAUAUGUCUGGGUUGAAACUCAAGCAACUGUCAUAUAUAAUACAAAGAACUCUCAGCCACAGUGCAUUGUGUGUGUGAACUACGUUGUGAGUGGUAUUAUUCAGCACGACUUGAUUUUCUCCCUUCAACAAACAGAAUGUGUCCUCAAACCAGUUGAAUCUUCAGAUAUGAAAAUGACUCAGCUGUUCACCAAAGUUGAAUCAGACGAUACAAGCUGUCUCUUUGAUAAGCUUAAGAAAGAACCUGAUGCUCUAACCCUGCUGGCCCCAGCUGCUGGGGACACAAUCAUAUCUCUGGAUUUUGGCAGCGAUGACACGGAAACUGAAGACCAACAACUCGAAGAUGUUCCACUAUAUAAUGAUGUAAUGUUCCCCUCAUCUAAUGAAAAAAUCACAAAUAUAAAUCUGGCAAUGUCUCCGUUACCUGCCCCUGAAACUCCAAAGCCACUUCGAAGUAGUGCUGAUCCUGCACUGAAUCAAGAAGUUGCAUUAAAAUUAGAGCCAAGUCCAGAGUCACUGGAACUUUCUUUUACCAUGCCCCAAAUUCAAGAUCAGCCAGCAAGUCCUUCUGAUGGAAGCACUAGACAAAGUUCACCUGAGCCUAACAGUCCCAGUGAAUAUUGUUUUGAUGUGGAUAGCGAUAUGGUCAAUGUAUUCAAGUUGGAACUGGUCGAAAAGCUGUUUGCUGAAGACACAGAAGCAAAGAAUCCAUUUUCAACUCAGGAUACUGACUUAGAUUUGGAGAUGCUGGCCCCCUAUAUCCCGAUGGAUGAUGAUUUCCAGUUGCGCUCCUUUGAUCAGUUGUCACCAUUAGAGAGCAGUUCCUCAAGCCCUCCAAGUGUGAGCACAGUGACAGUGUUCCAGCAGACCCAGCUACAGAAACCUACCAUUACUGCCGCUGCUGCCAAGACUGCCACCACCACAACCACCACCGCCACUGAUGAAUUAAAAACAGUGACGAAGGACAAUAUAGAAGACAUUAAAAUACUGAUUGCAUCUCCAUCUUCUACCCAUGUACCUCAAGAAACGACAGCUGCUACAGCAUCAACAUACAGUGCUCCUCCUCACAGUCGGACAGCCUCACCAGACAGAGCAGGAAAGAGAGUCAGAGAUCAGACAGAGAAAGCCCAUCCAAGGAGCCCUAAUGUAUCUGUCACUUUGAGUCAAAGAAAUACUGUUCCUGAGGAAGAAUUAAAUCCAAAGAUAAUAGCUUUGCAGAAUGCCCAGAGAAAGCGAAAAAUGGAACAUGAUGGCUCCCUUUUUCAAGCAGCAGGGAUUGUAAGUGGAACAUUAUUGCAGCAGCCAGGUGACCGUGCUCCUACUACGUCACUUUCUUGGAAACGUGUAAAAGGAUGCAAAUCCAGUGAACAGAAUGGAAUGGAGCAGAAGACAAUUAUUUUAAUUCCCUCUGAUUUAGCAUGUAGACUGCUGGGGCAAUCAAUGGAUGAGAGUGGAUUACCACAGCUGACCAGUUACGAUUGUGAAGUUAAUGCUCCGGUACAAGGCAGCAGAAACCUACUGCAGGGUGAAGAAUUACUCAGAGCUUUGGAUCAAGUUAACUGAGCUUUUCAUAAUCUCAUUCCUUUUGAUUAUUUCUUUUUUUUUGUUGUUUUUGUUUUUGUUUUUUUGUUCAGUUAUUGUUAUGUUGUUUGUUUGGGUUUUUUUGUUUCUGUUGUUUAUUUUUGGACACUGGUGGCUCAGCAGUCUAUUUAUAUUUUCUAUAUCUAAUUUUAGAAGCCUGGCUACAACACUGCACAACUCAGAUAGUUUAGUUUUAAUCCCCUUUCUACUUAAUUUCCAUUAAUGCUCUUUUUAAUAUGUCCUUUUAAUGCCAGAUCACAUUCACAUUUCCUCAGUAUUUUCACCAUUGCAUUGCAGUAGUGUCAUUUAAAAUGCACCUUUUUAUUUAUUUAUUUUUGGUGAGGGAGUUUGUCCCUUAUUGAAUUAUUUUUAAUGAAAUGCCAAUAUAAUUUUUUAAGAAGGCAGUAAAUCUUCAUCAUGAUCAUAGGCAGUUGAAAAUUUUUUACUCAUUUUUUCAUGUUUUACAUGAAAAUAAUGCUUUGCCAGCAGUAUAUGGUAGCCACAGUUGCACAAUAUAUUUUCUUAAAAAUACCAGCAGUUACUCAUGCAAUAUAUUCUGCAUUUAUAAAACUAGUUUUUAAGAAGAAAUUUUUUUUGGCCUAUGAAAUUGUUAAGCCUGGAUCAUGACACUGUUGAUCUUAUAAUGAUUCUUAAACUGUAUGGUUUCUUUAUAUGGGUAAAGCCAUUUACAUGAUAUAGAGAGAGAUGCAUAUAUGCGGAAGGUAUGUGGCAUUUAUUUGGAUAAAAUUCUCAAUUCAGAGAAAUUAACUGAUGUUUCUUUAGUUACUUUACCAGAUCAAAAGAAAACAGUCCCCUAUGUAGUUGUGAAAGCUUAUGCUAAUAUUGUGUAAUUAAUAUUAAACAUAAAUGUUCUGCCCACCCUGUUGGUGUAAAGACAUUUUGAGCAUACUGUAAACAACAAAAGAAUCAUGGAUUGUUAGUAAAAUUGCCUAGUAUAUUAAUUUGUUCAAAAUAUGAUGUUUGGUUUAUGCACUUUGUCGCUAUUAACAUCUUUUUUCAUAUAGACUUCAAUAAUUGAGUGAUUUUUUAGAAGCAUUAUUUUAGGAAUGUAGAGUUGUCAUAGUAAACAUCUUGUUUUUUCUAUGUACAUUGUAUAAAUUUUUCAUUCCCUUGUUCUUUGUGGUUGGGUCUAACACUAACUGUACUGUUUUGUUACAUCAAAUAAACAUCUUUUGUGGACCAGGC